AAACCCCACAGAUGGUAAUCUGUGUCAUAGAGAUUGAAAACAAAAAUAAUAAAAAAAAAAGUGUCAGACCAGGUUGUAGGUUAGCAAAUAAAUGUAUGUUACACAUUGGUGCAUACUAAGUAACUGAUGAUAGGAUAAGUUUAAGGUUAAGUUUUGUUUUGAUUUGUUUUUUGGUAGUUACAAUAAAAUUGUCGAAGUGGAAGACUGAUACGACUGAAAGUAGGUCCCGACGGAGAUCUACUAUCGUAAUGGCUACAUCCUCCAAGAGGUCAUGGAAGCUUCAACAUUUUGUGGCCCAUGGUUCCAAUGUGAAUUGUUUGGCGCUUGGUCACAAAUCAGGCCGUGUAUUAGUAACAGGCGGUGAUGACAAGAAAGUUAACCUUUGGGCGGUUGGGAAACAUAACUGCAUCAUGAGUCUGAGUGGCCAUUCGACACCAGUAGAAUGUGUGAAAUUUGGACAUACUGAGGAACUAGUAUGUGCUGGAUCACAUACUGGAGCACUAAAAAUUUGGGAUUUAGAAGCUGCAAAAAUAGUUCGGACAUUAACUGGACACAGAGCUGCAAUACGAUGCAUGGACUUUCAUCCAUAUGGUGAUUUGCUUGCAUCAGGAUCGUUGGACACAUCAAUAAAGAUGUGGGAUAUUCGACGGAAAAGCUGGAUCUUUACUUACAAGGGCCAUAGGAUUGCUGUUAACAGUCUGAAGUUCAGUCCUGAUGGUCAGUGGAUUGCUUCUGGUGGAGAUGAUUGUUUGGUGAAGCUAUGGGACAUCAGAGCUGGUCGGCUUUUCAAAGAAUUUUCAGACCACACAGGUCCUGUCACAGCAGUUGAAUUUCAUCCUAAUGAGUUUCUGCUGGCCUCUGGUAGCUGUGAUCAUAGUGUUAACUUCUGGGAUUUGGAAAAUUUCCAGCUUGUAUCUACAACUGAUCAGGAUGUUGGUGCCAUAAGAUGUAUCAACUUUAGUCAGGGUGGCGAAUGUCUGUAUGCAGGAUCACUAGAUGUUUUAAAAGUAUACGGUUGGGAACCUGCAAGGACACAUGACACCAUCCCCAUGGGGUGGGGGAAGAUCCAAGAUAUAAGUACAGCUCAGAAUCAACUUAUAGGUGCCUCAUUCCAGUUAACAAAUGUAUCACUAUAUGCUGUAGACCUGAAGAGAGUACAGCCAUUUGGUGAAGAGCCUUAUUGUCCCAGUUCAUCACCUUUUGUUCAUGGGCAGCGUAUUCGUAAAAGUUUCAAUCAAGAUAAGCCUGUCAAUGUCAGCAAGGCAGCGUUAAAUAUAAAAACCACUGAAGAAUAUGAGAGGUCGGGGACUGACCCAGAAGAUGAGUCCCAGUCGAUGGCUGAUAUUCAGAAUAUGAAAGUCUAUGAAGUAGUAUUCCAGCCCAGCAGAAUACAUCCAUCACUGCCCCAGAUUUUGCAACCACCACUGUCUGAUCCUGAAGGGCCAGUAUGUACACACAGUGGAAAUGGUGUAGAGUUAAUGGAAACUUCAUUCCAUCAGUUGCCAGCUGGAGUGACAGUGAGAACUCCACCGUCACCACCAACUGAGCCAGCCGUAAUGAAUGAUGAACCAUCACUUCAGGCAUCCACUUCUCCAUGUGCAAAGCGCAGCAAUGUACGCAGGCUGAGCAUUACCACAGACCCGUCUUCAUUUCCAGAAGUGGAUUUUCCUGUCAAACUUAGUAACAUGCGUUACAGCCCAUCAGAGCCAGCACUAAACCAGCUGGACCUUUCAUAUGCAAGAUCUCUUUCUCUGAGUCGGAACUUGGCAGCUUUGAACCCUGAAACAUUCAAAUCUGAUUGCCAUGUGCAGAAUUCAACUACAGCCCCAGCAUAUAGCAAACCAGCAACUGCAAAAACGACAGUGCAUAAACCAGUAGCAUCACCUUCACUCCCAGUGGAGAUCAGUGUUUCUCAAGCCAGGUUAAAAGAGUGUUCAUCGAGUCUAGGUGGAGACAGCGAUGAGAAAGAAAGGGAUGAUUUUAUACCAGUGAUGUCUGACAAAUCCUUUGACCUAGAUCUGGAAGAAUUUCUACCAAAGAACUGCUUGAAGACAUUAGGCUACCAGCGGACACUUCCUGAGGAUGAAGAAGAGUCAAUGUCAACUUUGAGGAGAGGACAUGACCGUAUGAUGAAAAUUUUGACCAGUCGACAGAGGAACCUGAAUAUUACUUGUUCCAUAUGGCGCAAUAAAGAGAGAAAGGCAGCUAUUGAUUCAGCGGUGGCAAUGAAAGAUUUGUCUGUUAUUGUGGAUAUACUGGGUGUGAUGAUGCUCCGACAGUCUGUUUGGAACCUUGACUUGUGUGUUGCGUUUCUCCCAGCGAUCUAUGACCUUAUCCAGAGUAAAUAUGAAAUAUAUAUGACUGCUGGAUGCAAUGCUUUGAUGCUGAUUCUGAGGAACUUCGCACAAGUCAUUAAAACCAAUAUGAAGGCCCCUAUUCAGACGAUUGGUGUAGAUAUUCCACGAGAAGAGAGGUACAACAAGUGCAUUAAAUGCUACAACAGCCUCAUGACUAUUCGAACCUUCGUGCUGAAAAGACAGACGCUUCCAGGCGAGCUCGGGAAAACAUUCCGAGAUUUACACAUCCUAUUGCAAAGUUUCAAUUAAGUUUGAAAAUAUUUCUCUCUCACUAAAUACGACAUGAACAGCAAUACAUGUUCUGAUCAAACUGUGAAACAGAUGUUGUGUGCUUUGGUUUCAGAUCUCAACAUGUUGCUCAGACUGUACAGUAACAUGGAAUUAUAGUGGCCGAGGCGAAGAAGGCAGAUCAUUCCAGUAAUGUAGAUACUUCAAAAUCUGUGUUACAACUUUAUUUGUAUUAAUAAUGUAAUUAUUUAUUGGUGUGUCUGUAUAUAGUGACUGAUAGUGAAUUUAAUUUAACUUACUGCACAAUUUUUAUGUUUUCAUAGUGAUAACUGCAGGCUCCAAGUGCUUUCUCCUUUGCUCAGAACUCAGAAGGUGAAUUUGCCCUCCGUCCAAGUUUUGAUAAAAAAGGUUUUUAACGAACAUAUAUACUUAACUGUUUUUCCUAUUCCAGUAUUUAAAAAAUUUGUAUGGUACAUUUUACAAGUAAUCCCAUUGUGUGUAAACAAGAAGUUGCUUCAUCUUCAUGAAACAUAUGCAUUUCGAUUUGUUACUGUCAUUCCCAAAUAUCUUAAUUUUGCCAGAUUUUUAAGGACAUAUUAGCAAUUUUUAUGUUAUGAUUUUGUCUUGUGUUCUGGUGAUAUCGACUUAUACUUUUCUCCAUAUUUAUAUCUAGACCAGUCUCCUUCCUAUUAGAACUUCUUCAUGGUAUUUAUUGUUCCAAAGCAAAUUAGCCUGAUCUGCAUACAUCAGAACCUGAUGUGUCCCAUUCAAAUUCAGUCUUGCCUGAUUUUUCUAAUGGCAUAUUCUAAAGUGGAGUUGAAAAGGAAUGGUGUUAAAAGCAUCUCCUUAUUUUAUACUAUUUUGAAUAGGAAAUGUAUCAGACAAAUGGUUUAAUUUAAACACGUUUCAGUAUGCCUGAUUAGUUUCAUGGGUAUCCCAGACUCAAUAAGAGUAUUGUACAAUACUUCCCUCAUAAUAGAAUCUUAGGCUUUCUAGAAGUCUAUUAACAUUCUGGUCACGUUGUGCCUUUGGAAGUAACCCAGUCUGAUCUUGCCAGAUUUGGAGACUACAUUGUGAUUUUCCAUUUUUUACAGUCUUGUGUUGAAUUACUGCUAACCUACAAAUGUAUUUUGUACACUCACAUCUAAACUGAAUUACAUAUUACUGCUCUAUUUACAGAGAUAGAUUGUUAAUAACAUUUUAAGUUUCAAAUUUGAAAAGAAAUACUGGAAAUAAAGACAAGGAGGAGUAG